AUGACAAGGGCACUGCUCGUCUCCUUGGUCAGCUGCCUCCUUGCCCUCCAUCAGGCCAGAGUAAUCCAACGCUGCGACAUGGCCAAGUUGCUUUAUAAGGAGGACUUGCAUGGGUUUGAGGGCUACAGCCUGAAUGACUGGCUGUGCCUGGCUUUUGUGGAAAGCAAGUUCAACACAUCCAAGAUAAAUGAAAAUGCAGAUGGCAGCUUUGAUUAUGGUGUCUUCCAGAUCAACAGUCACUACUGGUGUAAUGAUUACCUGAGUCACUCGGAAAACCUUUGCCAAAUGGACUGUACAGAGCUGCUGAACCCAGACCUCCUGUCAACUGCCAACUGUGCGAAAAAGAUUGUGUCUGGAGAAAGUGGGUUGAACAACUGGAUAAACUGGAAGCUGCACUGUUCCGGACGGCCCCUCUCCUACUGGAUGACAGGGUGCUCCCUGGCCUGAGACGGGCGCAGGCUUGCUGUGGAGAACUGCUGCCCGCACCUGAGGCUGCUUUAUCGCUUCUUCCUCUUGCCUCCACUUCUUGUCAUUUUCUCCCCUCCCCGUUUACAGUUAAU